AAUUAAAAUUAGAAUAAAUUAAAUAAUUUGGACUUAAAAGCCCAUUCUCUCUCUCUUUUUUCAACCAAACGUACAAACCCUAAACACACGAAAUCUAAUCUAUUUCUCUUCCAAUUCCGUCAAUUCGAAGCUCUGAUUCAUCCAAUUCCUCUCGAUCUGUUUCAUUAGAUGAUCACAAUUUGGAAAAAGAAAAUAUAUUGAUGGAUGAUGAUUGUACAGAUGGAUAAAAUGUCUGCUCCUUCAUCUAGGGAGCGCGCUCAGCGUCUUUAUGAAAAGAAUGUCGAGUUGGAGAAUAAGCGUCGGAGGUCAGCUCAGGCAAGAAUUCCAUCUGAUCCUAAUGCAUGGCAGCAGAUGCGGGAGAACUAUGAAGCUAUAAUUCUUGAAGAUUAUGGUUUUUGUGAGCAACACAACAUAGAAUAUGCUCUUUGGCAGUUGCAUUAUAGACGCAUUGAGGAAUUAAGAGCCCACUACAGUGCUGCUAUAGCAUCUGCUAACUCGAAUACAUCACAGGGUGCAAAAGUUCCUUCUCGACCUGACCGAGUUACAAAAAUUAGGCUGCAGUUUAAAACAUUUCUUUCAGAAGCCAGUGGGUUUUAUCAUGACCUGAUCCUGAAAAUCAGAGAUAAAUAUGGGCUUCCUCUGGGGUACUUUUCUGACGAUUCAGAUAAUCGAGUUGUCUUGGAGAAAGAUGGAAAAAAAUCAGCUGACAUGAAGAAAGGGUUGGUCUCUUGUCACCGUUGUUUGAUAUACUUGGGUGAUUUGGCAAGGUACAAGGGACUUUAUGGGGAGGGUGACUCUAAAACACGUGAGUAUGGGGCAGCUUCAAGCUACUACUUGCAAGCUGCAUCUCUUUGGUCAUCAAGUGGGAACCCUCAUCAUCAGCUUGCUAUUUUGGCUUCCUAUUCUGGAGAUGAAUUGGCGGCAGUGUACCGUUAUUUUAGGAGUCUGGCAGUUGAAAAUCCAUUCACAACAGCAAGAGACAACUUGAUUGUUGCUUUCGAGAAGAACCGUCAAAGCUACACUCAACUGCUCGGAGAUGCUAAAGUUUCGACAGGCAAGGAUGCAUCUGUGCGGUUGACCAGCAAGGGAAGAGGGAAAAGGGAAGCAAAACCUGCUGCUAAAGACACCAACUUAGAAGUCAAUGUUGACAUUGAGAAGACACCUAGCAUCAAUGAGGUGUACAAGUCCUUUUGCACUCGCUUUGUCCGCCUGAAUGGCAUUCUGUUUACACGCACCAGCCUGGAGACAUUUGCUGAAGUUCUUUCAUGCGUUAGCAAUGAAUUCUGCGAGCUUCUUUCUUGCGGGCCCGAAGAAGAAUUAAAUUUUGGCCCCGAUAUUGUUGAAAAUGCCAUCUUCGUUGUGCGGCUUAUCUGUAUUCUCAUUUUCACUGUUCACAAUGUCAAAAAAGAAGCUGAAGGUCAAACAUAUGCGGAGAUUGUACAGCGUGCUGUUCUUCUUCAGAAUGCAUUUACUGCAGUUUUUGAGUUGAUGGGACACCUGCUAAAGAGGUUGGUGCUGCUGCGUGAUCCUUCUUCCAGUUAUCUCUUACCUGGGAUUCUGGUUUUUGUGGAGUGGUUAGCCUGCUGUCCUGAUGUUGCAUCAGGGAGUGAUGCAGAUGAGAAGCAGACUGCUGUUAGAUUAAACUUUUGGAAGCAUUGUAUAUCUUUCUUGAACAAAAUACUGUCAUUUUGGUCAAUGUCCCUUGAUGAUAAUGAAGAGGACACAUGCUUCUACAACAUGAGCCAUUAUGAAGAAGGGGAAACUGGAAAUCGGCUUGCUCUAUGGGAGGAUUUUGAAUUGAGAGGGUUUUUACCAAUUCUGCCUGCACAUAGCAUUUUGGAUUUUUCAAGGAAGCACACUUUUGGAGGUGAUGGAAGCAAAGAAAAAAUAGCGCGUGUUAAAAGGAUUCUAGCAGCUGGAAAGGCUCUAGCAAAUAUUGCUAAGAUUGAUCAAAAAAAAGUCUUUUAUGAUUCAAGGAUGAAGAAAUUCGUCAUAGGCAUAGAGUCGCCAAUUUCAGAUGAUGACAUGUUGACUUUUGGUUCUGCUUUACCAAAAAGUAAUGACCUGGUGCAAGUAGUUCAGCCUGAGCAAAUAAUUAAUGUGGGUGUUCCGCAGCCUAGUCCACAAUCAUUCAUGGAAGGGGACGAGGAGGAUGAAGUAAUUGUUUUCAGGCCUGCUGUGACGGAAAAUCGAAGCGAUAUGAUUGGCCCCAAAUGGGGUCCUCACGAUGGCAUGAAACCGAGUCAAGAUAUGUCUGCUGGUGCUAUGAAAUUUUAUGGUGGUUCUAUUUCAGCUCCUCUUGAUAUGCGUCAGCAAGCUGCAUUUGAUGCAGGUCCUCAAAUAUCUGUAUCCAAUGGCAUCAUCACUUCCCAGAAUGUGCAACCAGUUCAACCACACACCUCGAAGUGGUUGAUGGAAGAAUCUGUUUCGCUUGCAAAUAGUUUGAAAGCUGUCAGGUUCAUGGAAAAUGGUAUAUCAGAACAUGAGUUUCAAAAAGACUUGGGCAUUGCCCAUCUUCCUGGACGUUCAGUACCAGCUCAACAACCUGCAAAUGUCAAUGCUAGUGGUAUGUUUUAUAAUCAGGCAAGAAUGCUGGAAGCUGUAGUCCCAUCGAAGGUUGAUGCUAUUACAUCCGGAGUUUUUGCUGAAAGUCUUGCUAUGAAGACCUCAGCAGGUUUGCCAGUAGGUGCAAGGAAAAGUCCAGUUAGCCGGCCUAUAAGGCAUCUUGGGCCUCCCCCAGGUUUUAGUCAUGUUCCUGCCAAACAAUCUAAUGAUCUUGCACUGGGUUCAGAUUUUAUGAGUGAGAAUUCGCUAGCUGAUGAUUAUAGCUGGUUAGAUGGAUAUCAGUUGCCAUAUGCGGCAAAAGGUUAUGGACUCAAUGCUGCUGCUAAUCUCACUUCUCAAGCUAUGCCUCAGUACAUCAAUAACAAUAAUGGCUCAAUGGGGACAGUUAGCUUUCCUUUUCCUGGAAAGCAGGUGCCAUCAGUGCAAAUCCAGUCAGAAAAUCAGAAUGGUUGGCAGAAUUACCAGUCCCUUGAGCAUCUAAGAGCACAGCAAGAGCAGCAGCUGCAGCAACAACUUUUAAAUGGAAAUCAGCAAUUUACUCCAAUGCCUGAGCAAUAUCAGGGAAAGUCCAUCUGGAGUAAUCGUUACAUUGUGUGAGAUGAAUAUGAAAGCAUAGAUGCCUUUCUAUCUAUAGGUUUCGAGAAUGACUUUGGUGAAUGUACUGCGUCCUCUUGCUGCCAAAUAUGAACUCCAACUUUGCAGCCUUUGUCAAAAUUCAAGUUUAAGUUUUUGUUGGAGAAUGGGUGGCUUUAGCUCUUUGCGGGCGCUUGCUACUGAACAAAUUUCGCGGAGCUCUCCUUCCUGGGGAAGAGAAAUAUUGAGACAUGUUAAUGUUGCGAAAUUCCUAAGCAGCAAAUGCCUUUAUCUGGUUACAUGGGUUGGAGAUAGAGUCUUAAUAAAGAGCGACUGUUGGUUUUCGGGCUUACUUAUAUUUGGAGGAGUUGGUGGAAUAAAGACAUGGUACUCACUGUUUGAACUCAACUUACAUCUUUUGCCCUAGCUGUCAAAACUACAUCGGUUCGGUUGGUAGUAAGUUAAUAGUGUCUCCUCAGUUGGUUCUCAGCCAGAUAAAUAUCUCUAGAGCUUUUAUCGGAAACGGUGCUUAGAUUCCAUUUCAGCAUCAGAAGUUGGACAGUGAGAUAUUAUAUGGCAUUAUCAUAGUAAGUAUAAACGGGUGGUGUAUGGAAGUCUUUAAUUUCCUGUGGUCUAUCUAGAUCAACUUGUUUAUGUUCUUCUGUUGUCGUUUAAUAUCGUACUUUAGUUUAUAUAAGUAAUAUCGAACGAGUGACUAUUGAUGUUGGUUUUGUGUUGAAGUCGGGUUGGUGUUUGUUUUCCCAACUUCUAGUUAAUAAACUAAGAAACACAUGCUUCCUGUUGAAUGAAUGUUAAUGUUUAGUUGUGUUA